AAAAAAACCAACACUUCCGGCGCGUGAGUGACGUCACAUAAGCGACGGUGCUGACUUUGCUAACAACAAGGAACCUCCCUCAUCUGGAGCACGUCGUCAAUAUCUGGUCUUACUUCCUCCGAUGUUUCACGCCAUCCUCCGCUGCUCUCGUCCCUUCUCCUCCAGUCUGUCCUUUCCCCGUCCCCUGUCCCGCAUGGACCCGCAGCGGCCCGUGGAGGGCGCCAUUAGGGCCAAACUGUCUGCCGCCUUCAAACCUACCCACUUGGAGGUGAACAACGAAAGCCACAUGCACGCCGUGCCCCCCGGCUCCGAAUCUCACUUCCGCGUCUUGGUGGUCAGCUCGCUGUUUGAGGGCGCGUCUCUGCUCCAGCGCCACCGCCUGGUCAACGAGGCGUUGAAGGCGGAGCUAAGCGGGUGUGUUCACGCCUUGGCCAUCCAGGCAAAGACACCCGAGCAAUGGGGCAUUGACCCGGCCAUGGCUAAGAGCCCUCCGUGCUUGGGGGGCUCCCGAGGAGACCCCACUAUGGAGGACAAACUGAAGGCUGGACGUUGACGUGUCCUUCUUGCUUUCGGACUUUCUACUCAUCCCAUUUGAUUCUUUUUUUUUUUAUUAUUAUUUUUGACAUUUAAUAAAAGUAUAAACACA